AUGUCGACCCGCAAAACACCAGUCCCCCUGCUGCUCGACUCGUUCCCAGUGCCGCCGUCCCAUAUCCCCCUCACGCCGACAGCAGCGAGCCCAAACCCACCGCCGUCACGCCCGCCGUCGGUUCCCCUGCCCCCAGUCCCGGGCCCUUCCAGGAUCUCAGAGGCCGAUACCCUUCAGCUGCUCCUGUUGUCGUCGAGAUCUCGUCGCUCCUCCAAGUACUCGCUCGCAGGGUCCGACACCAAUCGUGACUCGGUCAUCAGCACGUCCAGCAACGGCCAUGGUGCACCGCCGUCAUCCCCUCUCCCGCCGGCCGCGACGCGUCCAGGCACUAGGGGCUCACUUGCAUCGAGUCCGCACCGCCCAUCGAUUGCAUUCUCGAUUGAUGAAGAGGAGGAACCAGGUCAGAGACCUCUGAUCCUGAGGGACGUUGUUUCCCCCAUGCUGCCUCUGUCGGACGACGACGGCGACUCGACCACGCUCAGUCCACGGCGCAGACGGGGUCGACACCAGGCCAACGAGUCGAUUUCGUCGAUUGAUAUGCGGGAUAUCAUGGGAGCGGCGAGCGGCGUAGAAGACGAAGAAGAGGACGAUCCCGAACCUUUCGUCCUUCCGCUGUCAAAGGCUAUAGGAUCAGAGAAGCCCACGUCGCGGGGACCAGCUGGCAGCAGCGACAGCUCAGUGGUGCCACCUACAUCAGCAUCCCAUGCACGCAAGUCUAGUCUAGCCUACCUCAACUUUGAACACCCAACCGACUCUAUUUCAAACCGUCCAUCUUCUGUUGACAUGUCAGAUUCACAAUCUACUUCCGACUCCUAUAACGACCUAGCUUCAGCAUCAACGACUACCCUGCGUUCAAGUUCAAUGGCAAACAUCCGCGCUUCUUCGUCCUCCCAAAGCGACAUACCCAUUUCCCCUACGCCCAGAUCCAAAAAACCCUAUACCCUCAACUCUUCAAUUCGAAGCAUCCAGUCGGCGUCGACCGAUGAUGCUCGUUCUGCCAGCCCCGACAUCGAUACCAUUAUCCAAUCCACUCCCAAACCAAUCCGGCUGUCGAAUGCCCGAAGUUUCAGCAUGAGCUCGAACGGCAAGAGAAGUCGGGUCAGCAGCCUUCGCAGUGUCAGAAGCGAGAAGAGCAUCAAGGCUGAUACAGACGAAUUUGGCGUCCUCGCGACUCCCAUGCGACUCUCGAAGAGUACGAUCGGGAAAAAAUCUCAUCCAGAUGACUCGCUCGACUAUAUCGUGCGAGGAGAGUGGGACCACCAUGUGGAAGUGGACGAAGCGAAGCUGCGGGCAUUGGAAAAGGAGUCGGAUGGAGAUGACAGUGAUUCAAGCCUUGACCUGCAUACCCCCUUACCACACUUGAUGGUUCGGCAUGGAUUGCUGUCCUCCAAUUCAAAGUUGCUGCAGGGGGACUCGAGGGCUACCACUCCUCAUUGUGGUGGUGACGGUCGCCCAAUGAGCUCCAUGUCGACUGCAACCAAAUCUGGGGUGAUGAAGGACGAGCGCGAUACCCCUAUGCGAAGGGUUCGUCAUCGAGAUGGCAGACUGUUGAGGGGAGGUGUAGGUUUGACUACGGGCCUUGGUUGGAGUGACAGUGAGGAUGAGGACGCACCAUCGCCGCUUACGAGGCGUUUAUCGACGCUCAAUCUAUCUCGGCGCUCCUCCGCAUCAUCUUUCUUUUCGACUUCAUCACGCCCCCAUCCACUGUCAAGAUCGUACAGCAGUGGCACACUGUAUGAUGAUGCAGGGUUUGGGUUCGGAUUUGAUGGUCCCCCUAUGGAAGAUGAUGAGGAGGUUAUGAAGGAUACCUCCGAUUGGGCGCUUCGCCACCGCAAGCCAUCGAAUCCUCCCACUGCAUGGCAGAGGAGAAGUGGUGCCAGUGCAUCAACGCGCAAUAGUGUCGCCAGCUCGGGUGGUCGACAUAGUAUUGCCAGUUCUGGCGGCCGACUGAGCAUCGCCAGCAAUGGGUCGACCUUUUCGUUGGAAGUAACGAGUCCAGAGGAUGACUCUGGGCGGUCUCCUCUUCGCAGGUCGUUUACACGCGAGUCUAUCUCGUCUGCCGAGUCGACGUUUAACCGACGGUCAGGGGAUUCGCAAAUCAACACCCCUUCGACGGCGUCCACCAUGAGCAUCCCAUUACCAGUGACUCCACAGCAAGAUCCCCAUGUUCCUUCCCACGUUCUUUCUUCCAAGAAGCCGUAUCUCGACAAGGAUAAAUCCCUCCCUCCCCUUCCUGGGGUGCUCAAGAAGACAACGUCCAGAUCGGCCCUCUCAACACCACCUAGCAAGAUGGCUAUACCACGCGCACGCACGUUUUCAUCGACAUCGUCUUCUGUUUCCACAUCCCCCGCUGUAACACAAUCUACGCCCGCUCCUGUUCGACCUCUUCAACUCCCUCGGCAAAUUCGCGCAUCCACUCGUGGCGGCGACCGCCCCGCUGUUCCUGUUCCCCAACUUUCCUCUUCUACUUCUUCGAUUCGACCCCCGUCGAAUAUCGACUCUGGACUACCCUCUCCCAGUAAGCCGAGGCCUCGCACUGGCACUGGGAUGGUCUACAAGACCUCGACCUCUCGGGUUCCUAGUAGUGUAAAUGUGACUAUUGACCCCGAUCUGAUGACAUCGGCAAACUCCGUGCGGCUUCGCGGCGCAAAAGAUACACAGAAAACGACUGCGCGACGUUUCAGCGACCACUCGACUUUCCGCCACCACCACCCGUCCAAAUGCCCUCGCGACGUCGAAUACCGUGUCGAUGCUGUCGAUUUCGCGCUGGAUGCCCAAAUUGCUGCCUCCCAGGAACUCGCCUCCACCUACGCCGCCCUCAUCCUUGCCGACGAUGGCAUUGAGAUCACCUCCGACAAAAUCGUCGCCUUGACCUCGGCCGCCAACGUCGAACUCGAGCCCAUCUGGGCAUCUCUCCUCGCAAAAGCUCUCGAGGGCAAAAAUGUGAAAGAACUCCUUUCAAACGUCGGCUCUGGUGGUGGAGCACCCGCUCCUGGUGCUGCUGCUGCUGCCGGUGGUGCUGCCGCUGCCGCUGAGGAGGCACCCAAGGAGGAGAAGAAGGAGGAGGAGAAGGAGGAGUCAGACGACGACAUGGGCUUCGGUCUCUUCGAUUAAACGUCUCCAUCAAACUCUUCCGUUUUCAUUGUUUCUCUCUCGUUUUGCAUGCACUGUACCACUACAUAGUGUAAUAAAACACUCAAAAAACUGGCAAAAA